AUGGCCACCAACAUCACCUACCACGCCAGCGCCCUCACGCGCUCCGAGCGCAGCGCCCUCCGCAACCAGCGCGGCCUCACAAUCUGGCUCACCGGCCUCUCAGCCUCCGGCAAAUCGACCAUCGCCGUCGAGCUCGAGCACCAGCUGCUGCGCGACCGCGGCGUCGCCGCCUACCGCCUCGACGGCGAUAACAUCCGCUUCGGCCUGAACAAGGACCUGGGCUUCAGCGAAGCCGACCGCAACGAGAACAUCCGCCGCAUCGCCGAGGUCGCCAAGCUGUUCGCCGACAGCGCCAGCAUCGCCAUCACCUCCUUCAUCUCGCCUUACAAGGCGGACCGCGACACCGCCCGCAGGCUGCACGAGGUCCCCACCCCCGGCGAGGAGUCCGGUCUCCCCUUCGUCGAGGUCUAUGUCGAUGUCCCCGUUGAGGUGGCUGAGCAGCGCGACCCCAAGGGUCUGUAUAAGAAGGCGCGUGAGGGUAUCAUCAAGGAGUUCACCGGGAUUAGUGCCCCGUAUGAGGCGCCGGAUAAGCCCGAGGUGCAUAUCAAGAACUAUGACUUGCCUGUGAAGGAUGCCGUGGCGCAGAUCAUUGCGUAUCUAGAUGAGCAGGGUUAUCUGCCUCCUAAGAAGGAGUAG